CGUUGAGACUCAGACCAACUCAUCAUUGUCAACUGUGUGCUACUAGAGAGGGUUCAAAUUCUGUGGUACUCAAGGAUCUGGCUUUAAAGCUUAAGAAGCCGCCUCCCAGCUUCGCACAACUUCGCACAACAUCGAUCGUGCCAAGUUUUGCACGUCCAUCAUGGCUGGAAUCAACAUCUUUAUCGACCGAGGCGGCACAUUUUGUGAUGUCAUCGCUCAUGUCGAGGACCGCGACCCCAUUAUCUUCAAACUGCUUUCUGAGGAUCCCUCAAGGUAUCCCGACGCUCCCACAGAAGGAAUUCGUCGCGUGCUCGAGGUGGUCGAGGGAAAAUCCAUUCCUGUGGGGGAGAAGUUGGAUGGGUCAAUGAUCGCAUCUUGCCGUGUGGGCACUACAGUCGCCACCAACGCCUUGCUAACAGGAAACGGCGAGAAAUUUGCUUUGGCAACUACGAGUGGCUUCAAGGAUGUGUGUGUCAUCGGUGAUCAGUCACGUCCUAAGCUUUUCGACCUGAAUAUCCGUAAAGCUAAAGCGCUACAUUCAACCGUGGUUGAAAUUGAGGAACGCAUCACUAUCGAGGACUACGAGCUCAACCCGUUCCCGUUCGACAAGGAAGAGGCUCUCAAAGAUCCUAACCUGGUCCAAACAAGCAGCGGAGAGGUUAUCCGCGUUCUCCAGAGACCUGACCCUGCAACGGUUCGCGAGAAGCUGCAGCAACUACGCGUCGAGGGCUACACUUCACUGGCCAUAUCAUUCAUGCACGCCUAUUUAUACCCAGACCACGAGAACUUGGUUGCUGAGCUGGCCCGUGAGGUUGGCUUCAAAUAUGUCACAACAUCAUCAGCAACAAGCCCGUCGAUCAAGUAUGUCACACGCAGCAACUCGACUUGCUCCGAAGCCUAUCUUUAUCCCGUCAUCGAGCGGUACAUCAGUGGUUUUGAAAGCGGCUUCAAGAUCUUGCCAAAACGCGUCGAGUUCAUGUGCUCUGAUGGCGGGCUAAAGGAGUCACGCAAAUUUCGAGGAAAUGAAGCACUUUUGAGCGGGCCAGCAGGCGGCGUUGUUGGUACGGCGAGGUCUUGUUUUGAUGCCGAUGACAAUACGCCUGUUAUCGGGUUCGACAUGGGUGGCACGAGUACAGACGUUUCCAGGUUCGACGGAAAAUAUGACUAUCUGGCGCAAACAUCAAUUGCUGGCCGGUCCAUUACAGUUCCCAUGCUCAACAUUGCUACCGUUGCAGCUGGAGGAGGUUCAAUCCUGUUCGCUCGUAAUGGCCUCCUUGUCGUUGGCCCCGAGUCUGCGGGUGCAUAUCCUGGACCAGCCUGUUAUCGAAAGGGCGGCCCCUUGACGGUGACUGACGCCAACCUCUUUCUCGGACGAUUGUUUUUGUCGUCUUUUCCAGCCAUCUUUGGUGAAAAUGCCGACCAACCUCUUGAUGUGGAUGUUGUCGCCCAGAAGUUCGACGAGAUCACAGCCGACUUCAACCGCCAGACUUCACAGACCCUAACAGCAGAGGAGGUUGCCCUUGGAUUCUUGGAAAUCGCCAACGAAACCAUGAGCAGACCUAUUCGUAACACAACUGAAGCACGUGGAUAUGCGCUCGAGAACCACAACCUCGUUAGUUUCGGUGGUGCUGGAGGCCAGCACGCGUGCUCAAUUGCCAACAAAUUAGGAAUCAACCGCAUCUUGAUCCAUAAAUGGUCAUCCUUGCUAUCGGCAUAUGGAAUUUCUCAGGCGGAUCUUCAAUAUGAGACAUUCGUCCCUUUUGCUGCAAAGCUGACGAGUGACGUAUUGGUGGAAGUGGAAAACCGCCUGGAGUCUCUCAAGAAGAAAGUGGCGGAUGAGCUCACGCUGCAAGGCGCCAACACCAGUUCAAUUCAAUUCGACGAGUCCCUUGUACUCAAGUACUUUGGAACUGAUACAAACUUGACCAUCUCAAAGCCUAUCGAUGGAGAUUAUGGAGCAGCUUUCAAGGCCCAGCACGUUCGAGAAUUCGCUUUUGCUAUGGACCGAGCGAUCGUUAUCGAAUCGAUCAAAGUUCGGGGCACAGGUGCUACCGGAGAGCGAUUAGAAGAGACCUCUGCGCUGAAAGAGAAAGCAAGUACAUCCAAGUUCAAUCCUGCAGCAGCGAAUGCGACUCAGAGGCUGUACGUGGAUGGCUCGUGGCGAGAUGUUGGGGUUUACAGGCUUGAUGAGUUACAAACCGGUAGCGUUAUUGAUGGGCCUGCCCUGGUUAUUGAUGACACCCAAACCAUCCUGGUUGAGUCCAAGUACCGCGCUUAUAUCUUAUCAAGUCACGUUCUGCUUGAAAGGGAGGUGCAGGACAGCAUUCCUGCAGAGGCCAGUCACAAAACUUCCGAUUCUGUUAUACCUGCAUCCAUCGACCCCAUUAGGCUUUCUGUCUUCGCUCACCGGUUCAUGGCUAUCGCAGAGCAAAUGGGCAAUACCCUACAGAGGACGUCUAUUUCAACCAGCAUCAAGGAACGGUUGGACUUCUCCUGUGCCAUCUUUUCCCCAGAAGGCAAACUGAUCGCCAACGCCCCCCACAUCCCUAUUCAUCUAGGUUCCAUGCAGUUUGCGAUUCAAGCGCAGCAUCGCCACUGGCUUAACAAGUUGCAGGAUGGAGACGUACUACUCACAAAUCACCCCCAAUGGGGCGGCACGCAUUUGCCUGAUAUUACCGUCGUAACUCCGGUCUUUGUCAAUACCGAGAUUGCCUUUUACGUGGCGUCUCGCGGCCAUCAUACGGAUAUCGGCGGAAAAGGAAUCACCAGCAUGAUGCCUGAGUCGCGUUUCUUAUGGGAGGAAGGAUUGAACGUCAAGUCCAUGAAGAUUGUCAGAGGCGGCAAAUUCCUCGAGGAUGAGGUUCGGGCUGCCUUUGAGAAGGCUGGUUCGUAUCCCGGCUGCAGUACAUCACGCCGUCUCGCAGACAACAUCUCCGAUCUUAAGGCGCAAACAUCAGCCAACCAGCGCGGCAUAACGUUGCUGCGAAAACUAUGCGAGGAAUAUUCGGUCCCAGAGGUCCACCGCUACAUGAAAGGGAUACAAGAUAACGCCGAGUACGCGGUCCGGGAGUUUUUCAAGCGCAUCUCCAAAGAGCACCCUGAGCCACUCACAUCCACAGACUAUCUUGAUGAUGGCACAGCUAUGGCCCUGUCCAUCAAGAUUGACCCCAACACAGGCGGUGCCCUGUAUGACUUUUCAGGGUCUGGGCCUCAAAUGCAUGCCAAUUACAACUGCCCUAUCUCCAUUUGUCAUUCGGCCAUUAUUUAUACAAUCCGCUGUCUCCUGGGAGAGGAGGUUCCCCUUAACGAGGGCUGUCUCGCGCCAGUUGACAUCCAUGUACCGCAGGGUUCGGUUUUGAAUCCUACGCCUGCUGUGGCCAUUUGCGGAUCUACGUUGGCGAGCCAAAGAGUGAUUGACACAAUUCUACGUGCCUUUGGUCGAUACGGUGCCAGUCAAGGCUGUGCGAGCAGCUUUGGAUGGGGCAUGGGUGGAAAAGACCCCGAGACCGGCAAGAUCACCCCUGGGUGGAACUACGGAGAGUCCAUCGGCGGUGGCGUCGGUGCUGGAGAGGGCUAUCAUGCAGAAGAUGCUGUUCAUGUUCACUCCACCAACACUCGUGGAACUGAUCCCGAAGUUGUCGAGAAACGAACAGCUGUGCUGGUUCGACGAAACGAGAUUCGUCGCGGAAGCGGCGGGAAGGGAAAGUGGAACGGUGGUGAUGGCAUCAGACGUGAGAUUGAGGCAAAGGUACCUCUGAAGUUCAGUAUUCUGAGCGACCGCCGGGUGUACCGGCCAUAUGGCAUGCAAGGAGGCGGCCCUGGAGAAAAAGGCGUGAAUCUGGCGUACAUGUUCAACGAGGAGGGCCAGCUCGAGGAAAUCAAUCUCGGGGGCAAAGCGGUUGUCCAUCUUCAGCCCGGGGAGUAUAUCCAGAUUAACACCCCUGGCGGCGGUGCUUUUGGUGUUGCGGAGGAUUUGAAUGGUGUGAAGGAGGGCUAUGCCGAUUUUCAUCGAGCUUUUGUCUAAGCACUUUGAGCCAGCUCUUCACCGCAGCUUUGCAAGGCUAGUCAGACAAAAGGAAGCAAUUAGGAAAGCGCUGGGAGCAAGUUUGACAUGCCAGAUCCACAGGGGGAUCGUGAGAGCAUUCCAGUCACUGGCGAGUCCAAUGAUCGGGGCAGGUCAAUUACUAGGUGCACUACGGCAACGAAAUGUAGGGUAAUCCUGUAUGGCCAACAUUGAACUCGAGCUACCUCCAUAGCCAUACUCGCUCCAUCUCACCGGCCCUGACUUUAUCCUCGUUCUGCGAUGCGCAACCCCCCCCACCCCCAAGUUCCC